AUGGGUUAUUCUGCAGAAUGGUCCGCACUACAGAGAGGUCGAGUUGAUAGUGUCAUCCAGAGGGGCGACCAGAAAACCCUCAGCGGCACCAUCAAUUCUCGCCUCACUGCAAUCACAUGCGGGUGCAUAAACCGCAGCAGGUCAGAGGACGAACUUAAUAAAUACCUCCAAGACACUUGGUACACGCUCAUCCAAGCAGGCAAGCACAUCGCUACACACGAGGUUCAUCAAGAUCUCGUCGUACGUGAGCUUGUAACUAUCAGAACCCUUGGGCUCCUGCAAUGCUCGGCACAAACGGAAGAGGAUGCCGACAAUGACUCUGGAAAGAAUCCCGGCGAUCCACAGGGCAUUAUUACCUUCUCUGAUGGCAACACGCUAUGGACCGGCCUGCCCCUCCUCUCAAUGUGUCUUACUGAUGAAUUCCCUAAGCGCUACUAUGAGAAGAACUACAGCAAAGAGCACAAAGAAGACUCUUCCGAGAUUCUCUUGCCAGUAGAAGACUUGCUAGAUGCUCUCACAGACUUGUGCCACAACUCUAGAUUCGGCCUUGCGCUCUUGAGUAGCAGCAAAACAUCAGAAGCUACUACAAGAAUCAUCAAGACCAUCCCUGCCGACUACCCGCACCUGUCUAGCCUCGGUGAACUAGCUCUCCAAUCUGGCACCAUCACCGAUUUCCCGCCUACUGGAUAUAGCCCUCAGCGCUGGAGCUUCUGGGUCCAACGGCUUGCCGAGCUGGCCCGGUGCGGGAUCAAGAGUAUUGAAUAUACGGCAAAGUCUUGCCUAGCGGGGAUGAAAUGGGCAGGAGAUGACACCGAGCUCCUCCCAAAACUAAUUAGCGAAGAGCUUACUACAUGGGAGGAGGAGGAAGAGGACUGA